AUGGAGUACCGCAAGAAAGAACCCGCUGCCACAAUUGAUAAGGAUGCGGAAACAGCCAAAGCUGGGAAGGGAGCAGUCAAUAUGAUGCAGAACUCAGUCAAGGAAGAGAUGGAAGGGAUCAGCUCGAAGUCCGAACACAAGAAGGAGGUUUUAACUACCAGAAAGAAGCGAAAGGUUGAGGAAAUCUAUUACCAGUCGGAUGAUAGCGCCUGCGGAGAUGAUGAUAAAUCAGAACGGCUGGAAUAUAUGCCAAGGAAAUGCUCGAGCAAGCACAUUGAAGAGCUGCACUCGAUGGUCUUGGAGCAAGACGAAAUUACAGACGUCGUCCCCCCUUUUCCAUCGAAGCCUAUAGAAUCUUGGGAAAAGUUCGAGAGUGUCCUCAAAGAAUACAAGCGGAAGGACAAUCUAAACACCAUCUUGGACACUUUCGUCUUUGUAGUCCAAAGCUGCUGUUAA